ACCUGGGGGAGUGCUGAACGAGGCUGGAGAGACAGCCGCCCAGGAGAAAGUAGAGGAUUCCCGAAAGGUGCGCGCGGCGCCACUCUCCAGGAUCUGUGGCUUCCCUUCCCCCUCGGUCCUGCCGGGUGUAAAGCGCAGAGGAGGCAAAGGAAAGAAGGUUGACUCCUCCUGUACUUAAAACCCUGUUCCCCAAGGUGUGUGGCCGACAGUGUGAGUGCCUGCUGCAGAUUUGUGAAAAGCACCGAGGGGCCGACGUUUUUGUCUUAGGGUUCCUCAGCUUCGGCGUCCAGAGGACUUCACGGAAAUAGAGUUCGAGUCUUUUUUUUUUUUUUUUAAACAGGGAGCAGGGAUAAGCCAGGAGCUGAGCGGGGUGUGAAGGACCGAGCAUAAGUUUCUUCUCUCCAAAGCCACCUCCACGGAGGGCGCGCGGCCGCUCACCUUCCUACGUCUGCUCCUCCGGGGGGAGGAGAGGGCCCGACCCGGCGCCUCCAGGCGGAAGCGCCGUUGCCAUUGGCCCCGCGACGGAUUUUACCUGUGCGGAGCCCCGGGGCCCAGAGCUCAAAGUCCGCGGCUCGGACCAGGAGGCGGCGGCGGGCUGCGCAGGUGGGCCCACGCCCUCAGCCAGGCAAGAUGCCCCUGGGGCUGCGGGGAAAGAAGAAGCCCAAGUCCAAGGAGACCGCCCCGCUGGUGGAGGGCGAGGUGGCCGGCGCGGGCGUCGGGAGCCUCCCGGGCCCCCCAGCGCCGGCUCGCAAGCUGGUCUUCCACGCGCAGCUGGCGCACGGCAGCGCCACGGGCCGGGUGGAGAAUUUCUCCAGCAUCCGGGAGCUCUACACUAAGAUCGCCGACGUGUUUGACAUCUCGCCGUCCGAGAUCUUAUAUUGCACUUUAAAUACACCUAAAAUUAACAUGGAGAAACUCCUGGGAGGACAAUUAGGUCUUGAAGAUUUCAUAUUUGUCCAUGUAAAAGGAACAGAAAAAGAAGUGAAUGUGUAUAAAGCUGAGGAUUCACUUGGUCUCACCAUCACCGAUAAUGGUGUUGGUUAUGCUUUUAUAAAGAGAAUUAGAGAUGGUAGCAUUAUUGACGCAAUUAAAACAAUUUGUGUGGGGGAUCAUAUUGAAUCCAUAAAUGGAGAAAAUGUUGUUGGGUGGCGUCACUAUGAAGUUGCUAAGAAGUUAAAGGAAUUAAAAAAAGAGGAACUCUUUACCAUGAAGUUGAUAGAACCUAAGAAGGCAUUUGAAAUCGGACCUAGGUCAAAAGCUGGAAAGUCAUCAGUAGACAAAAUCGAAUCUGGAAAGGAGACACUUCGCCUGAGAUCAAAAGGUCCUGCCACCGUGGAAGAAAUGCCCUCUGAAGUCAAUACAAAGGCAAUUGAAAAAAUUGAUGAUCUUCUUGAAUUGUACAUGGGAAUUCGAGAUAUUGACUUAGCUACCACCAUGUUUGAGGCUGGAAAGGGCAAACACAAUCCAGAUGAGUUUGCUGUGGCGCUCGAUGAGACUCUCGGAGACUUUGCAUUCCCAGAUGAGUUUGUCUUUGACGUUUGGGGAGCCAUUGGGGACGCCAAGCAAGGAUGAGGCUGAUGACGAUGAUCCACCCCUGAAGAAAUGCACCGUGGUUCUUUUUAAAAACAACCCCAUAAGAACUUCCUUUAGAAACUUCUGUGACCUUGGUUUAGCUUUAUGUAUGAAGAAUACAUUCUUUGAAAUAUUA